AUGCCUUUACGUAUCAAUGCUAAUACGUCGUUUAGUAUUGGAUCUAACAUUAAGCAUCUCAUUGAUCGUCCCGAUGAGACCUACUGCUUCAGGCUUCAGAAAGAUCGUGUGUACUAUGUCAGUGAAUCGAUGAUGAGGAUGGCUAGUAAUAUUGGUCGUGAUCACCUUGGAUCUUUGGGUGUAUGCUUUGGCAAGUUCACCAAGACCGGCAAGUUCACCUUGCACAUUACUGCAUUGGAUCAUUUGGCACAAUACGCAAAGCAUAAAAUCUGGAUCAAGCCUAAUGGUGAGAUGCCAUUCUUAUACGGCAACAAUGUGGUGAAGGCACAUUUGGGACGUAUCACUGACGACACUCCUGAGCAUACUGGUGUUAUUGUGUAUUCCAUGGCAGACACAGCUUUGGGCUUUGGUGUUACGGCACGAUCUACGGCUGAAAUGAAGAGAUUACAACCUACCGACAUUAUUGUUUUCCAUCAGGCUGAUGUUGGUGAAUACCUCCGUGCUGAAGAAGCCAUGUUCUAG